CGCGCUUCGCUAAUUCAACCAAUCCCUUCUCGUGUGAGCAGAAUGCCCAGCCACAAUACUAUAUUCUAGAACCCCUUGGAACCCUCUCUGGCAUAAAUCGACCAAGAGAAGACCAAAGCUUUUGCUGUGAGAACGAUAACAAGUUCUCUUUUGCUCGCAAAGAUGACUUACUCAUUCAAUACCCCCGCUAAAGUGAUCGGCGUCUUGCACGCGACUUUUGGUGGUCUGUUGGUGCUUUUCGGGAUUGUAGUCAGGCUACAAGUCCACCACUGGAGUAGUAUUAUUCUUGUAGGAAUAUGGACUGGUGGAUUGAUGAUGUUUACCGGGGCUGUAGCAAUCAUUGGAUCACAUAGACAAAUGGAUAUGCCACCGAAACGAUGCUUUGUCUUAUGGUUCGUGAUCCUCUCCUUGCUCUGCAUUGCAUUGGCUUCUGCGGUGAUCGUGUGUUACGCCAUGGCCAUCAUGGCAUUCUACGACAUCGAGAACGUCGGAAGCUUUCCUUGGUGGAGCUACACUACCAAUGACUUUAAGCAACAGAACAAGAACCGCUCUCGAGUCUUGUGCAUUAUUAUGUUGGUGUUAGGAUGCCUGGAGUUUAUUAACGCUGUUAUCUCCCUCAUUCACGGUCUUGGAUCCUGCUGCAUGAAAACCUGGCAUAAGCCAAAGCACGAGCAGAUGUAUGACGCCCGCGACAUGCCCAUGAGCUACGUAAACGAGGCAGCAGCACGUUAAACAGCUAAAACUAUUCAAGCAAUCAAGGAAUUACGCCAGUCUGAUUUUUUAAAAAUUCUCGACAAUAUUAACAUAAAGCUUUUUUUUACACAAAUACAAUGAAUGUUCGAGAGAACGUGAAUGUAUUGUAGUCUUGAAUUACCAUUGUCUCAACAAGCGAAGAGUAACGCGAAUGAGCCCCGUCAUUGGCUCAAACGCGACACGUGACUUUUCCCCUACAACCAGCGUGAUCAUAGGUGCAAAACCCGCCACGUGACCUUUAACAACAUUGAGGUUGUUCUAAUCAAAUUCGUCAAAGACAACAAUAUUCGCAAUGCAAACAGUCCUACUUUUAUACAAAAACGUUCAAAUUUUCCAAUAAUGGAAAUGCGGACCAGUGCCUUUUCCAUACAAUGAUGAAUUUUUAUACUUAUAAUGCUGUGGUCAUUUUUAAUGAUGUAGCACAAUAAAGUAGAAAGAAUAUAGAAAAAGUUAUGCUUCUAAAAUGUAAUGUAAAGCCGUAGUUAGUUCGUAAUGUAUGAUUUGAUAAAAAUAAAAAUGUGUAAAAAUCAAAGUAAAACA